AUUCUCUGACUGGGACGGACCUGUCAGUGACGGCAGGGCGCAGGCUGGCGUUUGGCGCUUUAAUUUUGUUGCUGGUCCGCCAAGUUACGCGCGAAAAUUAAGCACUGUCUGCAGAGAGACAGGGAAACCUUCGUUUUACGGCGGGAGAAGGAGAGUGACCACUGACAGAUAACAGCAUCAGGAAUCUUCUAACCAUUCUUGACAAAAUAUGCAACGAACAAUAAAGUCCUUUUUUCAGCCCAAGCUAGGGGCUGAAGUAAAGACUAAAGAAGAGAAAGUGAAGAAUGAUGUUCAAAAGGAAAAAGAAGAGCCAGAGAAAAGUGUUCCUGAACGUCCUUUAAAAGAGAGAAAUGGCAGUGCUUUAUGUGGAGAUGCCGAGUCACCAGUCAAACGAGUUUCAAAGAAGUCUGCACGUGUGUUGGAAAGUGAUAGUGAAGAGGAAGAGGAGAAUUCAAAGGUACAAGCGACUCCUGAAAAAAUGAACAAUGAAAGCGAUCCAAAGAAUGAUGUUAAAGAAACUCCUCCGAGUGCACGUAAAGAAACUCCUCCGAGUGCACGUAAAGAAACUCCUCCAAGUGCACGUAAAGAAACUCCUCAGAGUGCACGUAAGGAUGCAAAAUCUGAAGGAGCUUCAGAGAUGAACACUUCCCAAGAUUUUGUCUCUCCUUGCAGCAGCAAAUCUAUUGACAGCCCUUUAUGUUCAGAUUCUCCUGGCAUAUCUCCUUCCGGUAUCCCCAAACGAAAGACAGCCCGUAAACAGCUACCAAAGCGUAAGCUGGAAAUAUCUCCCAGUGAAUCAAAUCCACCAAAAGAUGAUUUAGAUGUCAAAGGAGCAGUGAAGCGCCAAAAGAAAGAGGCAGAGGGAGAUAUUCAACAAGAAGAACCCAUGGAGACAAGUCACAAUAUCUCCAUGGAAGAGGAAUGCCCCAUAAAGAAAGAGACAAAUGCCGAAGUUGUUCAAGAAACCAUAUCCAAAGCGGAUGAUCCGAACAUAGAACUUGUAGACCAAAAGGAUGUUGUUUCAGGAGAAGAGCAAUCUGAACCUAAAUGUCAAGAGCAACCACAGCCCAAACUUACCAGUCCUACUGUGGAGCCUAAAGCUUCAAAAGGGAAGGCAAGAAAGAAAAACGGUCCUCUGCCAAAGAAAGUGAAAUUUAGCGAUAAAGUUUCUUUUAAAGACAAUGACAGUGAGGAAAAAAGUAAUGAGGAAAAAAGCGAUGAGGAGCCUCAGAAGAAAGCAGAUUCUGCUAAACCUGUGAAACAAAUAAGCAGUUUCUUUGCCCCAAGGAAACCUGCAAUAAAGACUGAAAAGAAAGAGGAAAAUCUGAAUGAAAAGAAUGUCACUGAGACCUCUUUAGAAGAAUCGCCUAAGCCUAAAAAAAACGUUGGCAGUUUCUUUGGAGCAUCCAAGCAAGAAGCAUCAGAAGAACAGACAGAGUAUAACCCAUCCAAGAGUAAAUAUCACCCCAUAGAUGAUGCUUGCUGGUGUAAUGGACAGAAGGUACCAUAUCUUGCUGUUGCCCGAACGUUUGAAAGGAUAGAAGAGGAAUCUGCCCGACUGAAGAACAUAGAGACUCUGAGUAAUUUUCUGCGCUCCGUCAUUGCUCUUACUCCUGAGGAUCUCUUGCCUUGCAUCUAUCUUUGUCUGAACCGCCUGGGACCGGCAUAUGAAGGACUGGAGCUAGGCAUAGGAGAAACUAUUCUAAUGAAAGCAGUUGCCCAGGCUACAGGACGCCAGCUUGAGAAGAUAAAGGCUGAGGCACAAGAGAAAGGAGACCUUGGCCUGGUUGCUGAGAGCAGUCGUAGCAACCAACGCACAAUGUUUACACCCCCAAAGCUCAUGGCAUCAGGUGUUUUCGGCAAGCUGAAAGAUAUAGCCAGGAUGACUGGCAAUGCUUCUAUGAAUAAGAAAAUUGACAUUAUUAAAGGACUGUUUGUAGCCUGCAGGCAUUCUGAGGCACGUUAUAUUGCCAGAUCUCUUGGAGGAAAACUUCGAAUUGGUCUUGCAGAACAGUCAGUGUUAUCAUCAAUUGCUCAGGCAGUGUGCCUUACUCCUCCUGGGCGAGAUGCCCCUCCUACUGUGAUGGAUGCCGGAAAGGGAAUGAGUGCAGAUUCCAGGAAAUCCUGGAUUGAAGAGAAAGCAAUGAUCUUGAAACAAACUUUUUGUGAGUUGCCAAACUAUGAUGCCAUAAUUCCUAUUCUUUUGGAACAUGGUAUUGAUGACCUCCCAAAACACUGCCGACUUACUCCAGGUAUCCCUCUGAAACCAAUGUUGGCGCAUCCUACCAAGGGUAUUGGGGAAGUGUUGAAGCGAUUUGAUGAAGCUGCCUUUACUUGUGAAUACAAAUAUGACGGGGAGCGUGCACAGAUACAUAUUCUGGAAAAUGGGGAAGUACAUGUAUACAGCAGAAACCAAGAAAACAACACCACAAAAUACCCUGACAUCAUCAGCAGAAUUCCUAAGAUUAAAAAAGAAAGUGUCAAAUCCUGUAUCCUCGAUACGGAAGCUGUAGCCUGGGACGCAGAAAAGAAACAAAUUCAGCCGUUUCAAGUACUGACUACUAGAAAGAGAAAGGAUGUGGAUGCAUCAGAGAUUAAAGUGCAAGUUUGUGUGUAUGCCUUUGACAUGCUUUACCUUAAUGGAGAGUCCCUAGUGAAAGAGCCAUUUGCUAAGCGACGACAGCUCUUGAGAGAGUCGUUCCUGGAGACUGAAGGGCAGUUCAUGUUUGCUACAUAUAUGGAUAAGUCAAAUACAGAUGAAAUUUCUGAGUUUCUUGAUCAGUCUAUUAAAGAUUCAUGUGAAGGACUUAUGGUGAAGACACUGGAGCAAGACGCUACAUAUGAAAUUGCAAAGAGAUCUCACAAUUGGCUAAAAUUAAAGAAGGAUUACUUGGAAGGUGUGGGUGAUACUCUGGAUCUUGUUGUUAUUGGAGCUUACCUUGGGAAAGGGAAAAGAACUGGUAUCUAUGGAGGCUUCUUACUUGCGUCAUACGAUGAAGAAAGCGAGGAAUAUCAGACCAUCUGCAAGAUUGGAACAGGUUUUACAGACGACGACUUGGAAAAGCAUUACAACUUCCUGAAGGAUCAUGUGAUUAAAAAUCCACGGAGCUACUACCGCUGGGACAGUGCCACAGAGCCAGAUCACUGGUUUGAUCCUGUCCAAGUCUGGGAAGUUAAGUGUGCUGAUCUAUCCAUUUCUCCAGUACAUAAGGCAGCUCUUGGAUUGGUGGAGGACCAGAAAGGAAUUUCUCUGCGAUUUCCUCGUUUUGUUCGUAUCAGAGAUGAUAAGAAACCAGAGGAAUCCACAAACAGUUUUCAGGUUGCAGAUCUUUAUAGAAAGCAGCAGCAAAUCCAAAACACAAGUUCAACAGAGAAGGCAGAGGAGGAUUUUUACUAGAAUUACACAUCAGCACUUUUAUUUUAUUUUUUUUCUCUUCUUUGUAAUGUCCACAUUGAACAAUUGUGUUUUCAAGUCCAGGGGAUUCAGUUGGUAUGUAAAGCAGCCAUCAAUAAGAAAGCCUUAGCUUGUAUCCUAUAUAUUACCAUUCAUUCUCUGAAGCAUUUCAGGAAACCCCUCGAUUCUGUCUCUACUGUCCAUUUCUAUGUUGACCUGAGAAACAAAAGUCAUUGCCUAACCUCCCCCACCUAUUGUGUUGCCUUGGAGUAGUGAAGACGAUGGAAUUGGGCCUUUUUUUUUGCUACAUUGCUGAUGUCUUCUAUUUUAUAACAGCUAUGUGAACUAGACUUGUGAAAUACUUGAAAAGCAAUGGUUCUUCUUUACAAUAUUGUGAUAUUAAAAGCCAUAAGAAAAUAAAUACUAAUUAUAUUGAUA